CAGUCGGAUGCCAGGAGGACAGCAAGAGAAACAUGCUGAGCUUGGACCUCCCUGGACAAUGGAGUACUUCCCCAUCAGGAGCUGCCACCUUGUCUUUCAGAACAGGUCUGGGAUGUUCUACCUGCCGCUGCAUUCUGACAUUAAAACCAACAUCUGGUGUAACUGGACCAUCUGGGCAGGCCCCCAGAAGCACAUUGUCAUCUAUGUCCAGGGGUUCCAUGGGAGUGACGGCUGCGGCAAGAACCAUGACAAGAUCAUCUUCCAGGGCAUCUCAUCGAGUGUGGAAACCAAAGUGGUGUAUGCCUGUCAAAGCCGAGGCACCCUGAUCUUUGCUACGCAAGCUGCUGCAGUCCAUGUGCUGUUUCUGUCAGGGAGUGGUUCCCCAAGGCAUGAAUACAGAUCUUUUAAAGGACAGUAUUAUGUGUUCAGAGACUCUGAAACCAUGGGCUCUUCAAAUGACACCAUAGCUACCAGAGAGCCCAUCCAGGAGACCUCUAAGAAAGAGGGCUGGAAGACAGCAGUGACAAAAGGUCGAUUGCCCAUGCUGAGAGCCUCUGCAAGCCCAUCAGCUAUACCUGUUGGUGGCAGGACCCAGCCUGAGCUUGUGAGCACAGAUGGAGAGACCCAACACUCUCCUGUUCUUAUGGAAGAUGCUCAGUAUGGUGCUAACCUCAGUGAGUAUGAUCAGGUGUGGGAUGAAACCAAGCUGCAAAGGAGCCUUGAGGAUAGUGGCACUGAGGGCAGAGAAACUGAAGCUGACAUGCUGGUGGAGCAAGCUCCAUCUGGGCAAGGUGCUGGGUGUAAAGCUGAGCCAUCCGCUUUGGAGGCUGCAAAGCGGGAUGUAGAGUCGGUGUCUGCUCCAGUCACCACAGCAGGUGCCCCUUCCUCAGAGGUGCCCAGCAGCAGUGCAGGUCUCCUUGCCAAACCAUCUAGCCUGGAUCAGGCCAGCAGCAGCCUGUCGGAUGGAGUGGCUGCUGCUGCACAUCUCACACAGACACCAGUGCUGGAAGAGCCACUGCUAAACACAAGUACAAAACCUCCUCUCUACCCCUCUCCUGGUGUGAAUGCUGGAGAUACGGUGUCUCUGGGAGAAAGCACGGAAGAGUUCUUUGAUCUGGCUUCUGCCCUGGCAUCUCUGGAGAACAGCACAGCACUGCAAUCCCAGCACCAUCCCGGAGAUGUGCUGUUUGAAGUAACUAUUGAAAUCAAACCCAAGGACUGGAUUCCUCAUGGUGGAAGUGAGCUCCAAAAGGGUCUUCUUGAACCUAUGAAGAGCUAUAUCCAGGAGAACCUGAAACUUCCUGCUAACAGAGUCAAUGAACUAAAGCUAAAGGAAAUCAAAAGGACGAGCGAUGCCAACCUGCUGCUCACCUUCUGGCUGCAUCUGAAGCCGGAGGACAGGAACAUGUCUCUGCUCCUGCACUCCCAGCUGGAGGACCUACUUGGCUCCUCAGCAGGAGCAGAGAAUCUGCACCUUGUUUCACUGUUCGUUGAAGAUGUGAAUGAGUGCAGUGCUGGGGUUGGACUCUGCGGGGAGGAGGCAGAGUGCUUCAAUGGUGUGGGCACGUACCUCUGCCGCUGCAAGAAGGACUAUGAAGAUCAUUCCCCCACCAAGUCUGGCACCCUCUGCGUCCCUGCUGCACAAUCAGGGAUCAGUUUCUUCCUCCGCCACGGCGACAUCCUGGUGGGUGCAGCCAUCAUGGCUACCCUGUCAAUGCUGGUGGCUGCAGGUGUCCUGUGCAGGGCAGCCAUGCGGGGCCGGCACCCCAGGAGGAGCCUGAGCCCUGAGGAGCCCCCAGCGAGGGCUGCAGAGGAGCCGGUGAUGGAGCUGCAUGAUCUGGGGCAGUGCCUGCGCCUUGACCCCUUCCAGCUGAAGCUGCGGGCCAGGCCCCCUGAAUGGCUCUGGGCUGCCCGGGUCCACCCUGCCCAGGAGUACCAGGUGUUCCUGGAGCAGUCCCCCCAGCUCUGAGGGGGUCCCGGGGCUCCCUCAAACCCCCUUAUGGCCCUGGUGACCUGUGCUGUCACUCCUGCCUUCCCCAGCUGACACAAGCCACUGGCUGUGUGAAUGAGCCCUUCUGGUGUGUUUUAUGGACCAUAAAUGUCCCAUCACAGUCUUCCUUGUCUCGUGGUUUAAUUUUUAAUACUCACCUAGCUUGGAGAACAAAGUGCGUGUUCCACACUGCUGUGCAUCUUCUCCUGACUUAGCCUGUAUGAGAGCGGUGCAGAGCUGUCAGCGCACGGAAAUUAAACACUUUUUUAAGGAAAAAAAAAACGCAAAUGAGAUAUUUUCGUGUUUAGUUUAAGAGAUUAAAAGUUAUUUUGCAUCUG